AUGGCUUCUCAUCUAAAGGGUGUUGCAAAAUCAACUAUGUCAGAUCAAAUACAUAAGGAGUUGUGUGAGUACAAGAGAGAUAAUCCUACAAGCACACAAAAAGACUUGCAGAGAUGGCUUGAGGGGAAAUUUCAGUUGAAACAUCAAGAACGUGUGAAUAGCACAGGAGAAUUAAUUUUGCAGAAGGCAAGAGAUACAAUGAAACUUGUGUACCCUCAUGAUGAUUCAAAUUUUAACUUCUCUAUAGGAUGGCUUGGGAAAUUCAAGCACCAACAAGGCAUAAAGUUAUUUCGUCAUUUUGGAGAGAGUGGGUCUGUUGAUAUACAAGACAUGGAGCAGAAAUUGGUAUCGAUUCGGGAGAAAAUUGAUCAGUUCCCUAUGAAAUAUGUUUUCAAUAUGGAUGAAACUGGGUUGUUUUAUAGGCUACAAGCUGAUCAUUCACUGGCAACAAAACAACUUGAAGGAUAA